CAAGGACAAACAGUUACAAUUAUCAUUUUCAGCAAGAAAGUCACACAUUCAUUCAUACACAUUUGUCUCGUCUGCAUUUAAUAACAUUGACACCAAAAUGGUUGGGAAGAUUACCCAAUUUAAAGACUUCGGUGGCAAAGCACGUCUAAUAAAUAUACAGUUGGGUUCCCUUCUAUUAAUUACUCAACACUCACUUCUAUAUCACAGUUUUCUACUAACUCUUUCCUUAUUCUUGUACCAUCCUAAAUCAGUAAGUCCUUAACGUACGCACCAUGUGUACGUUAGAGAAGCGCGGCGAUCUCUUUCUCCUAACCCUAACCGGCGAAGACGAGCACAGAUUCCACCCCGACACGAUCGCCUCUGUUCUCUCGCUUCUUGAACAAGCAAAGUCUCAAUCCACAAAAGGAUCCGUCCUCAUCACUACCGGUCACGGAAAGUUCUUCUCCAAUGGCUUUGACCUCGCGUGGGCUCAAUCCGCUGGACACGGUGCUAUAAAACGGAUGCACCAAAUGGUCAAAUCCUUUAAACCGGUGUUAGCCGCCCUCCUCGAUCUUCCAAUGCCGACGAUCGCCGCCUUGAACGGCCACGCGGCAGCCUCGGGGCUGAUGUUUGCGCUGAGCCACGACUACGUUUUCAUGAGGAAAGACCGUGGGGUUCUAUAUAUGAGCGAGGUGGACAUCGGGCUACCGGUGCCGGACUACUUCUCGGCGUUGGUCGUGGCUAAGGUUGGGUCAGGUAUCGCGAGAAGGGAGCUGUUACUGAGCGGGAAGAAGCUCAAAGGAGAAGAAGCGGUGGCUCUCGGGAUCGUGGACUCAGCGGCGCAUGAUAGUGCGGAAGGUGUGGUGGAGGCUACAGUGAGCCUUGGAGAAAGUUUGGCCGCUAAGAAAUGGAAUGGUGAGGUGUAUGCAACCAUUAGGAAGAGUUUGUAUCCGGAGCUUUGUCGGAUGGUUGAUUUAACGGCAAAUAACUUGGCCACUCACAACCUCUAGAAACUCUCAUUGUCUUGUUGGGAGAAAAAUGGUUGAAAUAUGAAUAUUGCCGACAAAAGUCAACGUCCAUUUCACUAAGCACGUAUUUGUUUCUCACCAAUAAAACAUAAUUAAUCUAACCUACGUCUUUUUAUUUUUCAUUUAGUUGAAAUUUUAACAAUAUUAAUAACCAUAUCAAUACAACUAUUGAUAAGUUAUAUUAGCUAGAAUAUUUGUAAUUCAUACUUGAUAAUCGUACUAGCAUCAGCAAUAUAUGUCACAUCAUGCAUCUAUUUAUAAUAUCCAAAUUACGUCAUAUGACCAUAAUCGUAUAUAUCGCCAUAAGAUAGAAUGAGAAACGGGUGCAGUCUGAUCAA